AAACCGGACGGCCGUUAAAACGGACGGGUACGUAAAACAGGUGAUAGGUAUAUUUGUCAUUUGUCAUCGCGAUUGAACCCGAGAAAUAAUCGCUGAUGCGAUGUAAAAAAAAAUAGGAUUGAGCAAAGACAUCUCGAAUAUCUAUUUACUCGACAUUGUUUUGGUGACAGAGAAUUGUAUUAAUUCUGAUAUGCAAACUGCGGUCUCGGAACUUUACGAUCGAAUAAUUCGCGACGUAUUAUUCUAUUUUUAAUUGUGAUUGCUUGUGUGCGCGAUUUUGUACCGUCACUUCAUUAGCGGACUCGAAUUGUAAUAAGCAAUAGGUGUAAGAAAAUAACCUGUGUCUGUGACUGUGGAAUUUAUCUUUUCAUUAAUUCUGCACAAACCGUUGAUAAUUGUAAGCAGCAGAUUAAAUGCAGUUGAAAAUGGAUUGCAAGCUUUUAUUGUUGAUAUUUUUGAUGUCAUUUAAUUGUAAACUUGGCAGCGCAUCUAUAAUGGAUUGGAUAUGGCAACAAAAAACAGAUGACACAACUGUUUCAGUUAACGAUGGCGUACCUUUGAUCUCAAUCCCUUACGAGUCAAUGACGGAGGAUGAAAAGUUUCUCCAACAAGCUGCCAAGUUAACAGAUAUUAAGGUUUCUUCUCCAUUGGAGAUCUGUCAACACAAAGUUAUUGUAAAAAUCAGAACCUCAUGUUCGGAUAUGACAGAGGAAGAGCUCGCAAAGCUGAGUGUAAAUCUUCUAAAUUGCCAAUCAGCGGUUGAAGGCAGAAAGAUCUUUCCUUGCACUGAGGAAAUGUCCCUUCAACAGUGUACAACAAAUAUGGAUGCUGACAUGUGGAAUGCAUAUCAUUUAAUGAGUAAUAGAGCGAGAGCAGUUUGUUAUGCAGCUCGGAAUACACAAUUUCGUGCUCUUACAGAAUUAACUGUCAAUAAGCUGAUGCAAUCUGCACGUUCUCAAAUUGAGGGCUUGAAGUCUUUGAAACAAAGUCAAGAUCAUCUGCAGGAACAGACAACAGAAGCUCUGUCAUCAUUAUCCAAGGGAAAUAAAGCUCUCUUGGAACAACAACAAUAUUUGAAGGAUGCUCAAGCGACAGCCCACAAUCUUGUAACAUCAAAUUUGAGGGAGUUGAAUAACGAAAAGGCAUUAAUACGAACUGGACACACUCUGCUUGCAAGUAUGGCAGAGGAUAUAAGAGAUAAAUUAGAAAAAGCCCAUAAAGAACUUGAGCAACAAGUUAUUGAACGUGGCACAAAUCAUCAGGAAGUGUUACAAGAUUUGCUCAGUAUAAAAGAACAAAUGCAAUCAAUUUGGAAAAAAAUUGAAAGUAGCACUGAUCAUAUAUUAGAGCAACAUGAGAAAACCAUCGAGCAUUACGAGCAGACGAUGCACAAACUUGCACAAAUUAAUGAUACUAUUCAAUAUAUUUGGAAUCUCACUAAUAUUAUGCGCACAGAAAUAGAUCAAAAGUUGGGAUGGAUUGCUGACUAUAUCGACGAUACCGGUGAACAAGUGCAAAAAAUAUAUCGUAUAGUUUCACAUGUUGUGUAUAUAUUAGUGGCGAUGAUAAUUGCUGCGUUUUUACAAGCACCAUUUUUAACCAGAGCUAGCAUUUUGGGUAUAGUUCCAGUGAAUCUUGUUACUUAUUUGAAACAUGGCAUGGAAGCCUCUCUAGAUUUUACAUCUAUGACAGUACUGAUAUUCUUAAUCACUGCAAUGUAUUUCGUAAUGCUGGGAAUACAACGUAUGUUUGGACCAAGCAGUUCAGAACUGAGGACAGAACCAGUAAAGUUGGUCUCCCAGAAUGGACAUACUUAUAAGAAUGGAAAUGCUUAUAAACACACAACAACAUAUUUUAGUUUUAUAAUGCAAUUGCAUACAAAAUUAAUGAAUAAUAUACAGGAACUCUAUAAUUUUAUCUUUUUGCAAGCAAACUACUGCAAAGAGAAAAUUAAUGAUUUAAUACAUUUCAUCGCUUCUUGGAACCAUCGACGUAAUUUAAGCGUGCACGAGCAGCUCUCCUGUUCAUAUCAACCAUUAAAGAAGAAUCGUGAGAAUGUGUACAACUAUAAACAAGAGUUUUCGAAUAUAUCGGACGAUGAAAUACAAUGCGAUUCUUCUAAUGUGAUGCACUCGUCGCAUGAGGAAUAUUAUAAUGAUAUUAAUGAUAUAUCAGACGCAACCGAAUUGAGACAUCGUAUUUAUAAUAAGAAUGUGUCGCGAUCUCGAAGUGUCACGCCAUUAGGUUUGCCGAAAUUGCUUUGUAUGGCAAUAACGAAAACCGGCAGAAGAUGUCGGGUGCUUACUUCACCCGGACAAUGUUUCUGCCAUCAUCAUUCUACUGGUACAUCUAUCGUGGGUGAUCAUCUUAACUGAAUACUGCAAAUAAUCAAAUUCCGAUUACAACAAGAAUUAAAAUAAUAAUCUAAAUUUCUAUUUUUAGAUAUAACAAUCUCUAUUCUCUCUCAAUAACAAUCAAUAUAACUGAUGAUUAGAGAUUGAAUAAUUGUGAUGGUUGAUAAUAUUUAUAAUUAUUGUAAAAUUUUUAGAUUAUUUAUAAUGAUUAAAUUUAUUUAUUUAAAUUUAUUAAUGUAUAUUGUACAAUAGUUUUAAUACAAACUUAAUAAUCGGAAAAAUAAUAAAUAUAAAAAAAAAUUAAUAAUUGAGAGAUUAAGAAUAUGAUUGAAAAUAUUUUACAUGCACGUAAUUUAUAUAAAAUUUUAUUUUAUUUUAAUUAUUAUUUAUUUAAAUUAAAAUUUUUCUUUCAAUCCAUUAUUUUUCUUAUGAAUACAUUAAGAUUUAACACAAACAGUCACUUGUUAAAACGGAUCAUAUAUUAAAUGCUACAAAUAAAGAUCCAUCAAAAAUUUUAUAGUAAUUAUAAAUACUAUCACAAUUGUUAAUUCUUCGAUCGUCAAUUAUAUUGUCUAUUAUCGAUAUAGAUUAAAUAACUUUUGUACAUUUUGUGAUUUUGUAAAUAAUGUUUCUUUGAUAAUAAUUAAUAAUAUAACAAUGCCUUAAUAAUACUAAACAUUGAUCUUGAUACUAUUUUAGAUGUAUAUAUCUUGAUAUAAUGUUAAAAAGAAAGUGUUAUAUAUAUAAAUAUAAUUAAUUUAAAUAAUUUAUAUUAUUUUAUCUUACGCACACUAUUUGAAUGUUUUAUGUUGACACAUACUAUAUAUACAAGUCAUAAAAUUUUUACACUUAUGAAACACAUAUAGCAAUGUUUCUCAAUAGCAAAUAAUUGUACAAUAUAUAUUUAAAAAUGCGUUAUUUUAUCUCCUGCUUUCAUGUAAAAUAGCAGAUAAUCAUAACAGUUACACACACACAUACACAUACAAGUUUUAUUAAAUAUUUUAAAUGAUCAAAUACUUGAUAAUUAUAGUUAGUAAAAUUUAUAAUUUAUUAUUUUAUACAAACGUACAAAUCGAUGGUAUAAAUACUCUUGUAACAUUUGUACGAAAUUAUGUAUAAAAAUUACAAGUUAAUUACAAUUAAA